CCUCCCCUCGCUCCCUCCGUCCCUCUCCCUCUCCUACUCCUCCUCCCGCUCCUGCCGGCCGCUGCCCGGUGGCAGGGCAGGGGCGGAGGGCGGGGCGGCGGGAGCCGGGACGCUGCCGGAGCGCUGCCUGCACCGGCGGGGAGUGGCGGGGGGCGGCAGCCGAGAGGCGGCACCUGGGUCCUUCCCCCGUCUCCAUCACCCCGGCUGCCGUGGAACGGCCGCGGCCGAGCGGAGCGCAGGGGUGAGGUCUUUACUAAUGUGCUGACUCACCCAAAAUGUCCAUAAGAGAAUAAUGGAAGCUCCUGAAUACCUUGAUUUGGAUGAAAUAGAUUUUAGUGAUGAUAUAUCGUAUUCUGUAACUUCUCUCAAGACCAUCCCAGAAUUAUGUAGAAGGUGUGAUUCACAAAAUGAAGACAGAGCAGUUUCCAGCAGCAGCUGGAACUGUGGGGUCUCAACUCUUCUUGGAAAUGCACAGAAACCAACAGGAAUUGCAGAUGUGUGCAAUAAAUUCAGACCAGUGAAGAGGGUUUCUCCACUAAAGCACCAGCCAGAAAGCUCUGAGAACAAUGAAAGUGAUGACCAGAAGAACCAAAAGGGAGAAUACGAGAAAGGCAGUGAUUCUCAGUCUGCACCUCCAAAUGAUGACCAGAGUCCAGGAGAAGGAGAGAGCCUUAAAAGCAAAGGCACCGAGCCUGCUGUUCUGCUUGGGGAGCUGGAGCACUAUGACCUGGAUAUGGAUGAAAUUUUGGAUGUGCCUUACAUUAAAUCAAGUCAGCAACCUGUUCCUUUUACAAAGGUAGCUCCUGAGAAAAAACUUUUAAGUGUGUGUUCAACUGUGAAUGGUCUAAGUGUCAAGACCUGUCCUGCAGGGAGCACAGAGAGCUCGCCUGCUGGCGGGACGCAGUUCUGUGUGCUGUCUCCUGUGAAAGGCACUCAGCUGAGAAAAACGCAGCCCAUUGUCCUUGAUCAGCACAAGCAUUCAGCAGAAGAAUUAGAGCUUUCCCAGCCUUUAGUUAAAUGUGGCUCAGCCCAUGAAUCUGAAUCCCAAGGCAAGGGCUACUUCAGCAGGACACUUGCUGAUCCUCUUGGUCACAAAGCUGAGAAGACCAUGCCGAACUGCCACCGGAGGACUUUCCACCUGCAGACAGCAGUGGCAGAAAGCAAGCAGCUAGAGGAGCUGAGUAUGAACUGGAGCAGUGCAGGGGGCCCAGAAGAGAGGAGUGAAGAGGUGAAAAAAAUUAAGAGCAUCUUAAACAUUGUAAAGGAAGGCCAAAUAUCUUUACUGCCACAUUUAGCAGCAGAUAAUCUGGAUAAGAUCCAUGAUGAAUGUGACAACAAUCUGUUGCAUGUAGCAGCAUCAAAGGGACAUGCAGAAUGCCUGCAGCAUCUCACUUCUUUGAUGGGUGAAGACUGUUUGAACGAACGAAACAUUGAGCAGCUAACUCCAGCUGGGCUAGCAAUAAAGAAUGGUCAGCUGGAGUGUGUUCGGUGGAUGGUGAGUGAAACAGAAGCUAUUGCAGAACUCAGUUGCUCGAAAGACCACCCAAGCCUUAUUCAUUAUGCAGGUUGCUAUGGCCAGGAGAAAAUCCUUCUGUGGCUUCUUCAGUUUAUGCAAGAGCAAGGGAUUUCGCUGGAUGAAGUUGACCAGGAUGGAAAUACUGCUGUUCACAUAGCUGCUCAACAUGGCUAUCUGGGAUGCAUACAGACAUUGGUUGAAUAUGGAGCAAAUGUCACCAUGCAAAACCAUGUGGGAGAGAAACCCUCUCAAAGUGCUGAGCGACAUGGGCACACCAUGUGUUCCCGCUACUUAGUUGUUGUGGAGACGUGUAUGUCACUGGCCUCUCAGGUUGUCAAGCUGACUAAGCAGCUGAAGGAGCAGACUGUGGAACGUGUGACAUUACAGAACCAGCUCCAGCAGCUUUUAGAAGCCCAGCGGUCAGAGGGCAAGUCACUGCCCACAUCCCCAAGCUUGCCAUCAUCUCCUGCUUCUGGCAAACCCCAGUGGAAACCAUCUGAAGUAGAUGAAUUGUCUCCCCCAAAAAGUAAAUUGAACACCCAAGAUGGGAUUCAGAUUCUUGGCAGCUUGGGAACGAGCACAUCUACUCGUGCUCGAGCUAAGAUAAAAGAUGAGGACUCUGAUAAAAUCUUGCGCCAGUUGCUGGGGAAGGAAAUCUCUGAAAAUGUCUGUAUGCAGGAAAAGCUGACUUUGGAAUUUCAGGAUGCUCAUGCAUCCUCCAAGAACGUGAAGAAGAUUUUGCCAGAGAAAAGGGAGUUGAAGUUAGCCCGACUGAGGCAGCUGAUGCAGCGGUCUCUCAGCGAGUCUGAUACAGAUUCAGCUAAUUCUGAGGACCACAAGAACACCCCUGUGAAAAGAACUGACAAACCAAGGCCUCAGCCUAUAGUGGAGAGUGUUGAGAGCGCAGAGAGUUUGAACAUGAUGCUGAAGAAGCACACUUCCACAGCAGGACGGCGCUUCCCUUUUGGCAUCAGGGUCUCUAAGUCUGUGGACGGCCACAGUCCUUCCCCCACUUCGGAGAGCAGCGAUGCGGAUAAUGAAGCCCCAUAUCAGUCUGGCACUGUCCCUCAGAACCAGUUCUGUGCAGACAGCUCUCCAUCCAGCACUGACAGUGCUACUGCCCAGAAGGUUGCCACCAGCCCAAAGAGUGCUCUCAAGUCCCCAUCCUCAAAGCGCAGGACCUCUCAAAAUUUGAAACUUCGAGUAACUUUUGAGGAGCCUGUGGUGCAGGUGGAGCUAGCAGAAUCAGAACUGAAUGAGGAAAAGGAUAAAGACCGGAGCAAAGGAGUCGUGCGGGCUCCAGCCAGCUCUGGGGAGCAUGCAGGGGACCAGCUGAAAAGGCCUUUUGGAGCCUUUCGCUCCAUAAUGGAGACACUGAGUGGCAACCAAAAUAACAACAACAACUGUCAAACAGCAAACCUCAUCAAAACCUCCUCAACGCUGCCUUUUACCUCACUAGGAAGGAAGACAACAGAAAGCAAGGGAAAUCCAGCAGUUGUCUCAAAAGGAAGAAACAAGCCAGAUCCUUACUUCAGCUACACCCGUCUUUCUUCUAGCACGUUGAAUGAAGAGCUGUGUAACUAUGCUUGGCAUGAUGACAUCAACUGGAAAAUCCAGAAAUCUGACAGUCAAAAGAGUGUUGAAGAGCCAGAGCUGCAGGAAUUCUUCCUGUAAAACAUGUCAUGAUGUCUCACUUUGUUUGAAAUACCUGAAAUAUAGCCUUUUGAAACACUUAUAUGAGACAUAGCCCUCACCAGCAAAACAGCAGCUGUUAGGAUGCCUUAAUUUGUAUCAGUUAUACCAUAUACAAAUCUUUUUUAUGAUAUAUGUGUAUAUGUAACUUGUUUGUAAGCUGUGCUGUGUAAAGGCAUGGGUGAGCAGAAGUAACAAUUUGAAAAUUGUUAUGACACUUGCAACCUCCAAAAUGUUUGUUAGGCCACCGAACACGUUUUGUACUUUGUGUCUUGCAUGGAUAUAUUGUCAUAUAUCUUUAUUUCCCUUUGUCAGCAGCAUAUACUGUCAAAGUUUCAUCCAGGACUCUGCCUGAGCAGCUCCUCAGUGAGAUCAAGGCAAAAGCAUUGAUUGUUUUUUUAGUAUGUUUUGUCUGUUGUUAUUUCUAUUUUUUGUAAAAAGGAAAUAAAGAUGGUGUUAAUAGGAUACUC